UGAAUACAUUAUCUCAUUCACGCUGUGGAGAUUGUAGUGACAAGAUCGGACGCUGGGAGAUUUUGGGGAGAGUGAAAGUGUCAUUUCUGGAUUCUUGAUCGUGCUGUUGAUUUCGGGGUUUUUUGAUCAAAACAAAUGUUGGAUCUAUGUUAACGCUUUGGGGAAUCACCAAGUUAAUUUAGGUCCAUAAGAAGGAAUGCAUCUUUUCCUCGUGAAACUAAUUUCUCUGAUACCGCUGAUUGCGCUGACGAAAGGUCUGAGAUGUACUGAGAAAUGCCAGAACGGAGGUAUGUGUGUACAGACUCAAGAUGGAAGAAUGGAAUGCAAGUGUCCUGAGGACUUUGUGGGUCCAUUGUGCCAGUUCUCCAACCCUUGCCUCAAGAAUCCAUGCUGGAAUGGUGGCGUGUGCCAGACGGUUAUUCGUGACAACAAAGUGGACUAUGUCUGCCGCUGUCACUUGGGCUUCAUGGACCCACGGUGCCUCACUCCCACCGACAAUGCGUGCCGCAGCUCGCCAUGUGCAAACGGAGGGACGUGUGAGCUCACCAGUGUCCACACAUUCAAGUGCAAAUGUCCACCUGGCUGGACGGGUAAGAAUUGCCAGCAGGCUGAUCCUUGUGCCUCAAAUCCUUGUGCCAAUGGAGGUCAGUGCAGGCCAUUUGAUUCCCACUACAUCUGCACCUGCUUGCCCGCCUUCUCAGGCGAGACCUGCAAACAGGAUGUUAACGAGUGUGCCCAGACCCCGUCUCCCUGCAAGAACGGUGGCGUGUGCAUAAAUGAGGUAGGCGCCUACCGCUGCAACUGCCCAGCUGAAUACACAGGCAAGCACUGCGAGACACUCUACCAGCCCUGUAGUCCCUCGCCAUGCCACCACGGAGGGACCUGCGUCCAGAAAGGGGACACCAACUACGAGUGCUCCUGUCUGCCCGGUUUCAUUGGUCAAAACUGUGAGGAGAACAUUGAUGACUGUGAAGACCAUCGCUGCCUUAAUGGAGGAACUUGCGUAGAUGGAGUGAACACUUACAAUUGCCAGUGCAAACCAGAGUGGACAGGUCAGUUCUGCACUGAAGAUGUCAACGAGUGCGAUCUGAUGCCCAACUCCUGUCAGAAUGGAGGCACAUGCCUCAACACCCAGGGUGGAUACAACUGCGUGUGUGUGAAUGGCUGGUCAGGUGAUGACUGCAGCAAGAACAUCGACGACUGCGCCAAUGCUGCCUGCCACAAGGGAUCCACUUGUCAUGAUCGAGUAGCCUCCUUCUUCUGUGAAUGUCCUCCUGGCCGAACAGGUUUGCUGUGUCACUUGGAUGACGCUUGUAUCAGUAACCCCUGUCAGAAAGGCUCCAACUGUGACACCAACCCAGUCAAUGGCAAAGCUAUCUGCACCUGCCCUCUGGGUUACUUCGGUUCCGCAUGUGACCAAGAUAUUGAUGAAUGCUCUCUGGGUGCGAACCCCUGUGAACACGGGGGCAAGUGUCUCAACACGAAAGGCUCGUUCCAGUGUAGGUGCCAACAGGGCUAUGUUGGGGCUCGUUGUGAACUAGACAUCAAUGAGUGCAUGUCCAAUCCAUGCCAGAAUGACGCUACCUGCCUGGACCAAAUUGGAGGGUUCCAUUGCAUCUGUAUGGCAGGGUACGAAGGAGUCUUCUGCCAGAUCAAUACCGAUGAGUGCGCCAGCAUGCCCUGCCUCAACAAUGGGAAGUGCAUCGACAAGAUCAACAACUACCAGUGCGAGUGCCCCACAGGUUUCUCUGGGAACCAGUGCCAGGUCGACAUUGACGAGUGUGCCAGCACGCCCUGCAAAAAUGGGGCCAAAUGUGUUGACGGACCUAAUGUGUACACCUGCCAGUGCACUGAGGGUUACACAGGACAGCACUGUGAAACAGAUGUGGAUGAGUGCCUGUCCAACCCCUGCCACUAUGGAAGUUGUAAGGAUGGCCUGGCUGCUUUCACCUGCCAGUGCCAUGCAGGAUACACUGGCCGACUGUGCGAGGCCAACGUCAACGAGUGUCUGAGCCAGCCAUGCCAGAACGGAGGCACCUGUCAGGACCGCGAGAACAAUUACCUGUGCAUCUGCCCUCGAGGAACCUCAGGUGUUAACUGUGAGAUCAAUCUGGAUGACUGUAAAAGCAAUCCGUGUGAUUAUGGAAAGUGCAUUGACAAAAUCAACGGCUAUGAGUGCACCUGCAAACCUGGAUACACAGGAAAAAUGUGUAACAUCAACAUCGACGAGUGUGCCAUCAACCCCUGUCACAAUGGUGGAACAUGCAUCGAUGGCGUCAAUGGCUUCACCUGCCAGUGCCGAGAGGGCUAUCACGACCCCACCUGUCAGUCCCAGCUCAACGAGUGCCUGAGUAACCCCUGCAUUCACGGACACUGUGAAGACAGAGUCAAUGGUUACAACUGUAUCUGUGACUCUGGCUGGAGUGGCAGCAACUGUGACAUCAACAACAAUGAGUGUGAGUCCAACCCGUGCAUGAAUGGAGGCACCUGUAAGGACAUGACUAGUGGCUACGUCUGCACCUGCCGAGCUGGCUUCAGUGGGCCCAACUGUCAGACAAACAUCAACGAGUGUGCCUCCAACCCAUGCUUGAACCAGGGCACCUGCAUCGAUGACGUGGCUGGGUACAAGUGCAACUGUUUGCUGCCUUACACAGGUGAGAACUGUGAAACUCUGUUAGAUCCUUGCAGUCCCAAGCCGUGCAAGAACAGCGGGGUAUGUAAAGAGUCAGAGGACUAUGAGAGCUUCUCCUGCGUGUGCCGUGAAGGAUGGCAAGGCCAGACAUGUGAGAUAGACAUCAACGAGUGCGUGAAGAACCCCUGCCGCAAUGGCGCCACCUGCCAGAACUCCAUCGGCAGCUACCGGUGCGCUUGUACAGCCGGCUACACAGGCCAAAACUGCGAAACCGACGUCGACGAUUGCAAGCCCAAUCCCUGCAGCAAUGGCGGCUUCUGCAAAGAUGCCGUGGACGGCUUCGCGUGCACAUGCCUGCCAGGCUUCCGCGGUGCCAAGUGCAAGGAAGACAUCAAUGAGUGUGACAGCAACCCAUGCAAGAACGGGGCCAACUGCACCGAUUGCGUGAACAGCUACACGUGCACAUGCCCACCCGGUUUCAGCGGGAUCCACUGUGAGAACAACACACCCGACUGCACUGAGAGCUCUUGCUUUAACGGCGGCACCUGCGUAGACGGCAUCAACACAUUCAGCUGCCUGUGCCUGGUUGGUUUUACAGGCGCCUACUGCCAGUACGACAUCAACGAGUGCGACUCCAAGCCCUGCAUGCAUGGGGGCACCUGCCAAGACAGCUAUGGAACCUACAAAUGCACCUGCCCACACGGCUACCAUGGCUUCAACUGCCAGGACCUGGUGAACUGGUGCACGCCAUCCCCCUGCAAGAACGGCGGCACCUGCCGGCAGAGCGGCACCACCUACUCGUGCCAGUGUCGGACAGGCUGGACGGGCCUCUACUGCGACGUGCCCAGCGUCUCCUGCGAGGUGGCCGCCAAGCAGCGAGGGGUAGAGGUUGCCAGCCUGUGCAGCAACUCCGGCCAGUGCCUGGACGCAGGGAACACACACUACUGCCAGUGUCAGGCAGGUUACACGGGGAGCUACUGUGAGGAGCAGGUGGACGAGUGCAUCCCCAACCCGUGCCAGAACGGGGCCACUUGCACCGAUUACCUGGGAGGCUAUUCUUGCGAGUGUGUGCCAGGUUAUCAUGGAGUGAACUGCUCCAACGAGAUCAAUGAGUGCCUCUCUCAGCCCUGCCAGAAUGGGGGCACCUGCAUCGACCUCGUCAAUACCUACAAAUGCUCCUGUCCCCGGGGGACACAAGGCGUCCACUGUGAGAUCAACAUCGAUGACUGCAUCCCCUUCACCGACCCUGUGACCCACGAGCCCAAGUGCUUCAACAAGGGGCGCUGCGUGGACCGCGUGGGAGGCUACCACUGCGAGUGCCCGCUGGGCUACGUAGGCGAGCGCUGCGAGGGCGACGUCAAUGAGUGCCUGUCCAACCCAUGCGAUCCGCGUGGCACGCAGAGCUGCGUGCAGCUCACCAACAACUACCGCUGCGAGUGCCGCACCGGCUACACAGGCCAACGCUGCGACACCGUGUUCGACGGCUGUAAGGGGAAGCCAUGCCGGAAUGGAGGAACGUGCGCAGUGGCCAGUAACACUCCUCAUGGAUUCAUUUGUAAAUGUCCCCCUGGCUUUACCGGCUCCACCUGUGAGUACAACGCGCAGGCCUGCGGUAGCCUCCUUUGCCGUAAUGGUGGCACCUGUGUCUCCGGCCCCAGAAGCCCGCGGUGCCUGUGUGUGCCAGGCUUCGGCGGAGCCGAGUGCCAGGAGGCGUCAGCGGGCGCGUGCGCCUCCGAGCCCUGCUACAACGGUGGCACGUGCGAGCCCAGCAGCGAGGCGCCCUUCUUCCGCUGCGUCUGCCCCACCGACUUCAAUGGCCUGCUGUGCCACGUGCUGGACUAUGGCUUCGCUGGGGGCCCUGGCCGUGACGUCACGCCAGCGCCCGAGGUGGUGUCGCACUGCGACGUGGCCGAGUGCCAGGCCAGGAAGGGCAACCAGGUGUGCGAUGGCGCAUGCAACAGUCACGCAUGUGACUGGGACGGUGGUGACUGCUCGCUCAACUUCCGUGACCCCUGGCAGAACUGCAGCGCCGCCCUGCAAUGCUGGAGGUACUUCAAUGACGGCAAGUGCGACGAGCAGUGUCACAGCGCAGGCUGCCUCUACGACGGCUUCGACUGCCAGGGCAGUGGCGGCGAGUGCAACCCGCUGUAUGACCAGUACUGCAAGGACCACUAUGCAGACGGCCACUGCGACCAGGGCUGCAACAAUGGCGAGUGUGAGUGGGAUGGGCUGGACUGCGCCGACCACGUACCCGAGCGCCGGGCAGCGGGCCACCUGGUGCUGGUGGUGCAUGUGCCGCCCGAGCAGCUGCGGAACAACUCGUCGGCCUUCCUGCGUGAGCUGAGCCAUGUGCUCCGCACCCACGUUGCGUUCCGGCAGGACGUACGCGGUGAGCUCAUGAUCUACCCCUACUAUGGCAGUCCACACGAGCUCAGCAAGCACAACGUCAAGCGCUCGCUCGACAUCUGGCCAGACACCUCGGGCUCAGCUGGCCACGACCAGGACCACGCACAGAUCAAAGGCUCGGUGGUGUACUUGGAGAUUGACAACCGCCAGUGCUACCAGCAGUCAGCCGAGUGCUUCCAGAGUGCAACUGAUGUGGCAGCCUUCUUGGGGGCCCUCGCCUCCAGUGGGAACCUCAACAUGCCAUACGUCAUCGAGGCUGUCACCAGCAAGAGCGACACGCAAACUACCUCUGAGCUCUACCCGCUCUACGUGGUACUGGCCGGCCUGGUGCUUCUGGCCUUCGUGGCCGUGGGCAUGGUGGCCUCCCGCAAGCGCCGUCGCGAGCACGGCCAGCUCUGGUUCCCUGAGGGCUUCAAAACCAGCGAGCCCAGCAAGAAGAAGAGGAGGGAACCCGUCGGCGAGGACUCAGUCGGCUUGAAACCACUGAAGAACUCUGAUAUUUCACUGAUGGACGACAAUCAGAACGAAUGGGGUGAGGAAGAGCAGACGGAUACCAAGCGCUUCAGGGAGCAAGCAAUGUUAAGUCUGGAUGACCAGCAGGACCAUCGGCAGUGGACUCAGCAGCACCUAGACGCAGCUGACCUGCGCAUCCCGUCCGUAGCCCCUACACCCCCUCAGGGCGAGAUCGAGAAUGACUGCAUGGACGUCAACGUCCGAGGACCAGAUGGUUUCACGCCGUUGAUGAUUGCUUCAUGUAGCGGCGGUGGCCUGGAAACCGGCAACAGUGAGGAAGAGGAGGAUGCUUCGGCCAACGUCAUCAACGACUUCAUCUAUCAGGGUGCCAACUUGCACAACCAGACAGACCGUACAGGCGAGACUGCCUUACACCUGGCUGCCCGUUACGCCCGCUCGGAUGCUGCCAAGCGACUCUUGGAGGCCAGUGCUGAUGCCAACAUCCAGGACAACAUGGGGAGGACGCCCCUCCAUGCUGCAGUAGCAGCCGAUGCGCAGGGGGUCUUCCAGAUUUUGAUACGAAACCGGGCCACGGACCUGGAUGCGCGCAUGCAUGACGGCACCACCCCUUUGAUCCUGGCGGCCCGACUGGCUGUGGAGGGCAUGGUAGAGGAGCUCAUCAACUGCCACGCUGACGUCAACGCCAUCGACGACUUUGGCAAAUCUGCUCUGCACUGGGCCGCGGCCGUCAAUAACGUGGACGCCACUGUGGUGCUGCUGAAGAAUGGAGCCAACAAGGACAUGCAGAACAACAAGGAGGAGACGCCUCUGUUUCUAGCAGCCAGGGAAGGCAGUUACGAGACAGCCAAGGUCCUACUUGACCACUUCGCCAACCGUGAGAUCACUGACCACAUGGACCGUCUGCCACGGGACAUCGCCCAGGAGCGCAUGCACCAUGACAUUGUGCGCCUCAUGGAUGAGUACAAUCUGGUGCGCAGUCCCCCCAUGCACAGCGCACCACUCAGCACCACCCUCUCUCCACCUCUCUGCUCCCCUAAUGCCUACCUGGGCAACAUGAAGGCUUCUGCUCAGAGCAAGAAGCCCCGAAAGCCUAGCGCCAAGGGCAUCAUCUGCAAGGAUGGCAAGGACCUGAAGGCCAAGAAGAAGAAAACCCAUGAUGGGAAAGGGAGCUUGCUGGAAAGCUCAGCCGUGCUCUCACCCGUCGACUCCCUCGAGUCGCCCCAUGGGUACAUCUCAGACGUUGCCUCGCCACCCCUGAUGACCUCGCCCUUUCAGCAGUCACCAUCAAUGCCUCUCACUCACCUGCAGGCCAUGCCGGAAGCCCACAUGAGCGUCAGCCACCUGGGCAUGGCCAGUAAGCAGCAGGAGCUGGCCCGUCUGCAGUUCGACCCCUUGCCCCCGCGUCUCACCCAUCUGCCCGUGGCCAGCUCGAAUGGCUCAGGGGCCAUGAAUGGCCAGUGCGAGUGGCUGAGCAGAAUGCAUGGUGGCAUGGGCCAGCAGGGCCAGUUCGGGGCCAUGAGGAACGGCCAGGGCCAGGGCAGCCUGCACCAGCCCAGCCACCAUGGAAUGAUGUUGCAUAGCGGUGUCACCACCAGCACCCUUCCCCAGAUGAUGAGCUACCAGGGCUUGGCUAGCACGCACCUCAGCGCGCAGCCGCAUGCCUUGCAGCCGCAGCCCAUGCAGCCCAGCCUGCAGCAGAGGCAGCAGUCGCAGCCCAGCAUCCAGCUGCAGCACCAGAACUCCAGCGCGCCAAGCGGAGGCCAGGCAUUCGUCGGCACCGAGCUAGGCGUCAGCGCGGGCGAGUUGCAGCAGGGCACGGGGAGCGCUAUACCCAUCCACACCAUCCUCCCGCAGGAGACGCAGCUGUUGAGCGCCCAGGCCCUGGCAUCCAGCAUGGCCAGCACGCAAUUCCUCACGCCCCCCUCCCAGCACAGCUACUCUGCAGCCAUGGACAACAACACCCCCAGCCACCAGCUCCAGGGGCCCGACCAUCCUUUCCUCACACCUUCCCCCGGUUCGCCCGACCAGUGGUCCAGCUCCUCACCUCACUCUAACGUGUCCGACUGGUCAGAGGGCAUCUCUAGUCCACCCACCAGCAUGCAAUCCCAAAUCAGCCACAUUCCUGAGCAGUUUAAGUAGCAGAGUCUGGUUGAGAGAGGACUCAUUUUUUGUACAUAUACUAAGAGCACUCUUUGAAAAGUAAACCUGUUUGAAUGAAAGGUCUACUCUGUCUUUUGUACUAACCACAGAUUUUUUUUGGGGGAGGGGGGGCGGUUUUUUUCUUUUUUUAUUUAUUAAUGUCUUGUUAUUUAUACUUUUUCCACCUGCUUGAGAAUAUUUGGAAUACUUCAUAUUAAAUCAUUGGUCAAUAAGGAGAGUGUCAAGAGUAAAAGUACCGUUUUGUUCUUUGUAAGAUUUUAGAUUAUCAUUUAAACUUUCUGUGGUUUCUGGCAUACACACUGGGUAUUUAUUGGUCUUGAAAUUUGCCGUUUAUUUUAUAGUCAUUCGCCUUCACUUGUUUUCUACAUUAUUUUGCGUAAGGGCCUUCACUUCUUUUCUACAUAAUUUUGCGUAAGGGCAUUUUAUACAGCACAUUUUAUAAUAAAGUUUUCAGUAUUACAGAUCUUAAGUAGAUGGUGAUUUAUUUUAACAACCAAAGGAGCUGCUUAUUCAUUGUUACCAGAUCAAGAAUAAUAGACCAAUGAGGUUUUUCAGGUGAUAAUUUGGGUCCAGUUCUAUGUACACAGAUGACUGCUUGUCUUGGACUAAAUUACACUAUCAAUGGGGAUUGACCAAUGAAAGCUUUUUAGUUUAAGACAGGACCUAGUCUGUGUAUCUGAAACCAGUUAAUUAACAUUUUAUCUUGCUCUUUACCUGGCCAAGUUCCUAUGUUUCUGUUUUGUUGAAAGUAGAUGUUACUUUUUGAGUAGUCAUAAUGUCUGAUAUUCAUUAACAUAUGAGCAUUUGUACAGUUCCUUUAAGAGAUUUAUGUUCCAUGCUUGUUUAUAAAGUACCUGUGAAAAGCAGGCUUCUAAAGCUUCCACUCUGAUGGUGGGAUGAAAACAAGGAUAUGGAGUCCUUUAUUCUGUGUUACCAUGUCUAAGGGUGUUUUCACACCUAUAGUUCCUUAGUUCCUUUGCCAGAACCUGAGUCUGAUGUAACUGGACUAAAAAGUAUGGGUGUGAAAAUGCCCUAAAACAGCUUACCGUUUAAAGCAGUCUCUAUCCUUCCCUUUCCAUUUUACUAAUCUGGUCAAGUGGCCAAAAUAUAUGGGGUCAUCUGGAGGGGCUUCCCACUGAACCUCUCUUUCCUGUAUUAUAUGAUUUGUUGGAGCCUAUGGCUAAUGUAAAUAGACUGAAUGGACUUGUUUUAUACAAACAGGAUUUUGUUUCAGAAAUCUUACGUUUUAAGGGUGUCAUCAAAAUUGGAGAUUUUGUCAAUCAGUAGUUCUUUUUCUGUCACAGACAGAGAACAUAUUUUGCUCAGUAUCACUGAGUUAGAGGUGAUAUAAGAUGUAUACAAAUAAUUAGAGGCUACUUUACAUCCCAUAUAGAUUAAGAAUAACAUAAUUAGAUGCUGUAAAAUCUUCUAUUUAUUGACAAUUAGUUUGAUAUUAACUUUAAAUAACUGGUUAUGUUGAAAAAGGGUUAUUGUGGACUUAUACUAUAUAUAUAUACUUUUUGAUCCCUCCAAAAAAGUAAAACGUCUGUAUGCAAAUCUGUAAAGGUGACCAAUCAGCAAACUUGUAGUUUACAUAAAGUAUAUUUUCUGUCUGUUUUACUGUCAAUCUGUAAAUGUUCUUGAAAUAAUAAAAGAUACAAAUAUCACA